ACUCCACAAAGUACGGUAUCCGGUUAUUGUAUUUUCGUGGCAAAACAAAACUUUAAGCGUUUCGAACAAUUAUCUUAAUCUUAGCUUAAAUAAUUUUAAUAUUAUACGAACGGUGUACCUAACUGUUUAUCUGUUGUUAAGCAUAAAGACAAAUUGUUUUGUAUUCUACCACGUACACAUAUAAUUUAUUUUCUAAAAUUAGUUAUCGUAAUUUCAUGAACGAAUAAUAACUAGUCCGGUACUAAAACAACAUGUCGAACGAACAGAAGAAAAAAGUUCUGCCAUUUUACGUGAACUUUACAAUUGCUGGAUUGUCAGGGAUGGGAGCUGCGGUGUUCGUACAUCCAUUAGAAGUGCUGAAAUUUCGUAUGCAACUAAGUGGAGAAAAGGGCGCGACUUCAGAUCACAAGAACUCAAUUCAUGCAAUAAUAAACAUGGCAAAAACAGAAAAACUUUCGGGUUUUUAUAAAGGCAUUACUGCAAACUUUGUAAGACAAGUAGUAUUUACGUCAACUCGGGUGGGCUGCUAUACAUCACUCGUUGAUGAAUUGAAAAAACGAGGGCAAAGCACCGUGAUAAAUAACGCAAUAGCCAGCAUGUCCACCGGAGCAUUCGCUGCGUUCAUUUCCACACCGACUGACAUUGCUGUGGUCCGCAUGACAGCCGACGGACGAUUGCCAGUGGAGAGCCGUCGCAACUACAAAAACGCGUUCGACGCACUGAUAAAAAUAAGGAAGGAUGAAGGCAUAUCAGGGCUGUGGCGAGGGACGGUGGCAACCAUGCUUAGGGCGAUGACAGCCAAUCUGACGCAGCUGAUGUCGUAUGACGAGGCUAAAGUGUAUAUGAUGGAUAAUUAUAAUAUGGAAAACGGUUUGAAGCUCCACACCGUAGCAAGCAUGAUUUCUGGGAUUGUAUAUUCCGUCUGCUCGAAUCCAAUGGACGUAUUAAAGACUAGAUGGAAAACCAGAAUACUCGGGCAUAAUAGAAGUGGCGUCGAUUUUGCUGAAGACCGAGGGAAUUACAGCUUUGUGGAAAGGUUGGCCUUUUUAUUAUUUACGAGUGGCACCAGGGACAAUCUUGUUAUUUAUUUUCAUGGAACAGCUUAAGAAAGGAUAUGAAGAUAAUUUCAUGAAAGACCAGUAACUUAACAAACAUGAACCAAUGUUUUUUUUUGUCAUUUUACAAUUUUUGUUUUUUCAUUAUUUGUUUUUGUUUAUGAAAUAUAAAUUAAAGGAAAAAAAUCUCCAUUCAUAAAAGUGUUGAUUUACGUGAAGCCCGUUAAGUCAAUCAAAUAGAAUGAAAUGAUUGAAUUUUCAUACAGCUUUGAAUUUAAGUAAAAUU